CAGUCGCAUUAGAAUUAAACAGAACCUCCAAACGCCACGUAGUCAGUGCUCGAACUCAACAAUCAUGUCACUUCGACCGUCCGCUCACGGCCUCGUUCCGUUCCUCAAGCAGGCACUCCGGCCUCAACCUCUCGCCUCCACAUCGAGACUACCUAUUCGGCCCGCCUUGCCCCUCGCACCAUCUUCCUCAACAACCUCGUUACCUUAUGCUCAAUUCGCUCGUCGAUUCAAAUCCACGUCGACGCCGACGACGGCGGAGUCGAACACAGAAGAAGGGACUUCGACGAACCUGAAGUUUGUGGAUGAGAAUGGGAACCCAUUACGGAUUGAGCCUAAAUUAUCCCUGACAUUCACUUGCUCGGUGGACAAGUGCGGAGAACGCUCGACACACGAAUUCGCUAAGCGGAGUUAUACCAAGGGGAUCGUCAUCGUACAAUGUCCUGGCUGUAAGAACCGACAUCUGAUAGCCGACCACCUAGGCUGGUUCAAGGAAGUGACAGAGGAAGGCCGACAUAGAACUAUCGAAGACCUUAUGAAGGCGAAAGGCGAGAAAGUGACUCGGGGCAAGGUCGGUCAGGACGGGGAUAUCGAAAUCAUCGAUUAGAACGAUCGAAAACGCGUCGAAAGGUCGGAACUAGACUGGAAUGGUUGGCCAGGGUCAGGAAUAGAGGGGGAAUAUGGUGUAGCAUACUGGUCCGAUUGAUGGUGAUACGACACUUGAAAAGUUGUAUCCAUGACCACUCAGCAUCAAAACAACAAGAAAUGUAUGAAAGUCACCUUUUGUGGCACCAGAAACGCUUAGAUCCGCGCAAAACACAGUCAAAGUGGAUGCUUCUUGUAAAUGCGCCAAACAUACGAGGCUGGAGACACCUGAGAGGAGAAGGUAUCGACAUAGGCACAUCAAGCAGC